UUGAUGUUAAAUUAUCUAAGAGUGUCUAUGAUUGACUUGACAUUUAUAAAAUUGUCAAUUUUUCUCGUUUUAUGGAUUUAUAUUUUGGGGUUACACAUUAAGCUCUACCGAUUAGAUUAUUUAUUUUAAAAUCUAUCAAAUUGAAUCAUGACUAGGGCCAACAUAGAACUAGGAAAUGUUACUCCUCAUAACAUCAAGCAACUCAAGCAAUUGAAUAGUGUUGUUUUCCCUGUUUCUUAUAAUGAUAAAUUUUAUAAAGACGUAUUAGAAGCAGGUGAACUCGCUAAAUUAGCAUAUUACAAUGAUAUUGUAGUGGGUGCUGUAUGCUGUCGCAUUGAUACAUCAGAAAAAAGUCGUAGACUGUAUAUAAUGACAUUGGGCUGCUUGUACCCUUACAGAAGAUUAGGUAUAGGUACUAUGAUGGUUCAACACGUUUUAAAAUAUGUAGAGCAAGAUGGUAAUUUUGACAGUAUAUUCCUACAUGUACAAGUAAACAAUGAAGGAGCAAUAGAUUUUUACAAAAAAUUCGGUUUUGAGGUUGUAGAGACGAAAGAACAUUAUUACAAAAGAAUCGAACCAGCUGAUGCUCAUGUGCUGCAAAAAACUUUGCGUAAAAUAAGUCAUGUUAAUGGAACCUUGUGAACAGUGGAUUUUAAUCUGAUUAAAUUUUAAUUUGUUAUAUUGAUUUAAUUUUGUUACAGUAUUUUCUAACUUUUGUAAAAUAAAAAUUAAGUUCAGAAGAUACUAUCCAUCUUCAUUAAACAAUAUAUUAUGAGAAAGUGGA